UGCCUCUAUAUAUAUGUUAUGUGGCAUCUCUGGUCAUUACUACAUAAACACAAACAUAGCAAAAAAUGGAUAAAAGAUGGAGUCUUCAAGGUAUGACUGCACUUGUAACUGGUGGAGCCAGCGGAAUCGGGCAUGCCAUAGUAGAGGAGCUAUCCAGUUUUGGAGCUAGAAUCCAUGUAUGCGACAUAUCCGAAACAUUGCUCAAUCAAAGUUUAAGCGAAUGGAAAAAGAAAGGGUUCCAAGUGAGUGGUUCAAUCUGUGAUGUAUCUUCUCGUCCCGAGAGAGAAACACUCAUGCAGAACGUCUCAACGAUGUUCGAUGGGAAGCUGAACAUUCUUGUGAACAACGUUGGCGGACUUCGCACAAAACCAACAAUAGAAUAUGUGGCAGACGAUUUCUCGUUCCAUAUUACAACAAACAUAGAGUCUGCUUAUCAUCUUAGCCAACUUUCACAUCCUCUUUUAAAGGCUUCUGGAUUUGGAAGCAUCGUCUUUAUUUCCUCUGUUGGAGGGGUUGUAUCAAUGGACUGUGGAUCUAUCUAUGGUUUAACCAAAGGAGCUAUGAAUCACCUAGCAAAAAAUUUGGCGUGUGAAUGGGCACGAGACGGCAUAAGAUCCAACUCUGUUGCUCCUAAUUUUGUCCAAACUUCUAUGAGUCAAGAUCUUCUCGGAGACGCCGGUUACAAGAAGAGUUUGUUUGGUAGAACUCCACUUGGUCGCGCUGGAGAGCCAAACGAGGUUGCAUCACUUGUGGCUUUUCUGUGUCUGCCUGCCGCUUCAUAUAUUACUGGCCAGACCAUUUGUGUUGAUGGAGGUCUCACUAUCAAUGGUUUCACCUAUCAGCCACAGGUUUGAGUGAGACGAGACUUGUGUGUGUGUGUGUGAGUGUGUCAUUUCAUCAAGAACUUCUAAGACACGAUCCUCAAAUCUAAAUUAUAGAUCAAGUUUUAAUAAUAUGUUUUUACAAAUAAGAGGAAAAGUACAUCUUAUCUUUCAUUUCCACAUGUUAUAGGAACCGAUGGUUCCUUCUCCUUUGUUUCCUAUAUAAACAAGAAAAU